GGAAAACGAGCGUAGAAGAAGAAGAGACACAUCAACAGAGAAACUAUGGCAGAUGACAAGGGACCCCUGGGGCAGCUCAAGGACCUGGUGGAGCUGAAGGACCAGUUGGAAGACAUUCAGAAACGGAUGGAGGAUGAGAUACAGGCUGGCGUUCCUCCAGGAGGCAGUCUGCUGGCUUCUCCUUUCCUGAAAGGUUUUCUGGCCGGGUACAUUGUUGCGAGGCUACGCUCCUCAGCGUUGAUGGGUGUUGCAGUAGGAACGUGUACGGGAAUCUAUGCGGCACAAAAUUACGCCGUUCCCAACAUUGAGAACACCAUCAAAGACUACAUGCGGAACCUGAGAGGAGGACGCAAAUGAGAAGAAAGGAAGAAACGUAAAAAGAGGAGAGAGGAGGGAGAGAGACUACAGGCAGAAGGUGCCACUACAGCUACAUACGGGAACAGAUGCGUAUUUCAAAAGUCAAAAAUGCUUCAUAGUUAUUUUCACCUUUAACAUAGAUGAGUAAAUAGGAAAAUUCUAAAGUAGCAAGUCAGCUCAUGGAUUAAGGUGAUUCUUUUCAUAUUUGUUUUGAUUCAGUCGAUCAUCUGAGCUCUUGCCACAAGAGUAUGGGGAAUGGGUGACUGACAUAUACAUUUUGUAAUAAAUAAAGCAUAUUAGCAACAUGUGGAAAGAAUACAAUUCACUUAAUUUAAAGACAGGAGACCCUGUAUUUCUUUUCAAUAUAGUAACUCUAACUUAUUUACAUAGCACAGAACAAGAAAUUAAUAGAUAAAUGAAUAAAUAAAGUAGAACAGAUAGAAUGAAAAUGUUAACAUUAUAUUUUAAAUAUUAUGUAGUUGCUACAAUUGAUUUCCAACUUCAACCCUAUCCUGCCUGAAACCACAACAUGCUUGUGUUUGUUGAUAUAUAAUGAAACUGGCCAAUAUUCACAUGUGCAGGUCAGCUGUGUUGGAAAACAGUUCACAACAGAGACACACAUCUCAUCUAUUUUGCUGCUCAGAUAGAGUGUUGAGAUUCUCUAAGAGGAGAAUGAAUGCCCCUUUAUUGGUGGUGGUUUACAAGGGUGGCCCUUGAUCCCUGGGACUGUAGGCAUGUGAGUUUUAGAAAUGUGUUCUCUCUGUUGUCUUCUGCCCUUUAGUGGUCAGAAGUCAAUUUUAGCAGCCUUCGGUCAUUUUGCUUUUUUGCUCAGGGGGUGAUAGAGCAUGUAAAAAUGGUCUCACCUCACAUCUCAUGGUGCUCUUCAAUGUAAAACCUGUUGGUUGUCAGAGCAAAGUCUGUGGUGUGGGGUUGUAUGAUGCCUCUUUACAAGCAUAACACAUCUCUACAUGUGGAUAAAGGUCAAUUUUUCAUCUGGUAAAACAUUAUUUUGAAAUAAUAGUUCAUGUUUCUGUGGAGGUGUAUGAAAAGUAAUUGUGACUCCAGCAAUUAUGCACUCCAUUCAAAAAUAAGAAGUGUUUCCAGAAAAAUACGUAAUAUUUCUAAAUAUAUUCACACAGCUUAAAAUAGUAAUGUAGACUACCAAAACAAACAAAACGCACACCAAAGUGACAUUCUUUUGUAAAGAUAUAGUUUAAGUUGGGGUUUUAACAAAACUGGAAAAUGUGUGUUAAAGUAUUGUUUAUAAAAUAUAAGAAUAAUAAUAUAUUAAUAUAUAUAGAAUAAUAUAUUAAGAGUGCCUACUCUGCUCUGGAGUUGAUAUUAUCUCAUGCCAUGUGUGCAAUAGCCUUUCCUGGUGAGGUUUGGCUGUCUAUUUCAUAUGCUGGAAACUAGGAGAUCUUUUGCACUUGUGUGACUUUUAGGGGUUUGAAGCUGUUACUUUAUCUCUCAACAAUCAAUGUAGUUUUUUUUGUGUGUCCAAGAAAUAUCAGAGCCUGUAAAAGAAAAUCAGUGAUAUGUUUACUUGUUGGAAUUUGGUGUUUGUGUCAUGUGUGGAUGAGUCGUACGUACUGAAAGGUGAUUUUUUUUUUUCUUUUGGGGAAUUGAGAUUUGAACUGAAAGAUGAAUAAAUGUCUAUUAUUUCAAGAAACAAUGCUGUUGCUGCAGGACAGUAAUCUGAGAACCUAAUUUAGAGAUAAACACUUCAACGGUAGCUCACUUGAUUAUAAAGAUGGCUUUCACAUGACCCCAGGUACUGUGUUGCUGCUGUUGAAAUGAACGCACAAUGCAUAUAUACAUAGUCAAGCCUGAGACAGGUAUUUUUAAAAAAGCCAUAUUUUAAGUCAGAUUGAGAUUGUGCCCAUUUUGUCAUUUUAACUCUGACUGUAAAGUGUUUUAGAAAACUAUGUUAAGUGUAUGUUUGGUAACUGGAACCCACAAACAACUCGUGCCUAUUGACAAUCAUUGUGUUGCUGUAUUUGUAUUGCAUGCUGUCAGUUUCUUUACGUCCUGUCUAUUAUGAUUUUGCAUGUUUACUCUUCCUUAUUAAGUAGAACUUUUCUUUAAAUACUUGACAUGCCGUGGAAUACAGAAAACAACGGGUCAUCUGAUGGUGCUUUAUUUCACUGGCUCAUCUGUCUUGUUGUCGUGAGUUUUCACUCAGUUUCAAAUCCAGUUGUGAUUUUGUGAAAGAAAACUACAGACACUUGUCUUUUGAGAAUUUUAUUUGGGUCGUUCGAAUAAAUGUGGAAAAUACAGUU